CAUGCACGGUUUCAGUGUGUUGCUGUUGUUCUCCGCUUUGACGGCAAUUGGCAUGGCCAACAUGCAUGGACCACCUCCGAGCAUGGAGCAAAUGAUGGACAUGCCUAUGGAACAAUUUAUGAGUAUGAUGUCGGAUCGUAUGGAAGCCAUUAGACCUAAAUUACGAACCAAGAUGUACAACAAGAUGCAGCAAGACGAACUAGGCAAAAAAAUGUUGCAACUUGGUCGAAGCGUUCGUGAAGUGAUGCAUUCUGCGAUGGAGAGGAUGGAAAAAUGUGCGAGAGAGCACUAAUGGAGUCAACUUCAACGAAACGUUGUGUCAUUCAUCGUUUAUGCCAAAUAAAUCAAGUUGCACUCACA